CUCAUCUCCAGACCUCCUCAGGCCAUCUCUGCAAGCACAUCCACCAGGAUCGAGAAUGCGCCCAGCACAUCUCCUGUCACCUGUUGCCCUUGUGCUGCUCGCCCAGGAGGCCCAGGCCCUGGCUCUGACUGACUGCCAGAGGAACAUCAUCUACCAGCUCACUAACUUUCUUGGAUACUCGACAAACCAGUUCGAGUACGGCUUCUGCUCGCUACACGGAGAACAUACCUUCACCUGCGGCAUCAUUGGGUUCUCGACCAAAACACAGGACGUCAGCCAGAUUGUCGCCAACUAUUCGUCGGCACUUUCGCCCGUCACCGCCAAUCCCUUCCAGGCGUACCUCGUUCCGCUGCAACAACAGUCCACCUCUGAAUCAGCCUACAAUGGCUUCUGCGCCGCCUGGAACUCGACUGCCUCGCGCGAUCCGGUCUUCCAGAAGGCCCAGGUCAACUACCUUGAUCAGAAUUACCUGCAGCCCUCGGUCCAGAUUGCGCAAAAUGCCGGCCUUACCUCGCCGCUGGCUGUAGCACAGAUCUUUGACACCCUGAUCACCAACGGCUACUUGGACGCACAAAAGGGCAGCACCGUCUCCACCAUGAUUAGCGACACCAACAGCCUCCUCGCUGCCAACGGAACCACAUGGACCGAGCAGCAAUGGCUCAGCACGUUCCUCCAAGUCCGUGUCGAAUAUGCCAAGACCUCGUCGUCCUCGUCAUCGUCCACAUAUGGUGAAACAGUGACCAGAGUAAACUCGUACCAAUAUGCCCUUGCAAACGGAUACAUCAACUUCACCGACAUGCUGGUUGCCCUGCAGAUGAGUGGCCAGGUCACCACCAUCAGCUGCGUGCCUUCGCUUCUGCCUGCAUCCGGACCUAUCCCAGUUUCGGCCAGCGCAGCGGCGGCGGCCAAAACGACCACGUCCACGACUCUCUCAUCGGGAAGCACCGGGUCGUCCAUCGUUUCGCAGCCUAUCUUUGUGGGCAGCGUGGUCGAAGGCUCCCUCAUCGGCAUCGCCGCCCUCUGUGCUGUCGUUAUUGCGGGAUACAAGAUUCGCGCUCAUUUUCGACGAUUCAAGCACAUUCCCCUCGACGAUGUUGAGGGGCGUUUCUAAAGUUCGACUCUGCUCUCGGAGCAUUCCUCAUCAUUCUCUCGCCGGCCGACCCUCAUCCACCGCAUCCAAGCUCCCUUUGGUUCAUCCACAACCAAGCGAUGUAUUAAGAUUUUGCAUCCACCCAAACAUGAUCCAACCCCCCACGAUAGAACCCAGCUCAAUUCAAUCUUGACAUGGCGCUAUACAGCUAGUGCACAAUACAGCUUAUUCAGAACGAAACGGGGCAGUGCGUUCCUGAGUGUCCCUGCCAGUAAUCUGUUGGCCCCAGCGAGCAGGACAUGGGAUUGCACUCUUGCUUUGGUUGGCUGAUUCGGGAGCGCGGUCUCGAACACAUCCAGUCGAUUCGCUGUGGCAACUGGGAUUGGCUUUGCAUUAUGGGGUGUGGCACAUGCAGUCGAUACUCUGUAUAUCUUGGGUGCAAAGUUCGGUUCCUCGGCAUCGAUUGAUUCGAGCGGCUUGAGUUGCUUGCUCGUCG